AUGUGUGUGUGCGUGCUCUGUGUGUGUAUUUAUGUGUGUGCAUGGGUGUGGGUGUGUGUCUCUGUAUAUGUGUGUGCGCCUCUAUGUGUGUAUUUGUGUGUGUGCACCUCUGUAUGUGUGUCUGUGAGUGGAAUGUUUUGUCAACAUGGCCAGAAGUUGAUUAACAUGAAGAAAUACUCUACUCAGACACUGUCCCUUCUCUCACACAUCUUGGAGACAAUGUCCCUUCUCUCACAAAUCUCUGAGACAAUGUCCCUUCUCUCACACAUCUCUGAGACACUGUGCCUUCUCUCAUCACACAUCUCUGAGACACUGCCUCUUCUCUCACACAUCUCAGAGACAAUGUCCCUUCUCUCACACAUCUCUGAGACAAUGUCCCUUCUCUCACACAUCUCUGAGCCACUGUCCCUUCUCUCACACAUGUCUAAGAUACUGCCUCUUCUCUCAUCACACAUCUCUGAGACACUGUGCCUUCUCUCACACACGUCUAAGAUACUGCCUCUUCUCUCAGACAGCUAG